GCCAACUUCAAGUGAGUCAGAAGCUGCGCAUAACUAACACUAAUAAAAUGCUGAAUUGUUUAGCAACAAAAUUGUAAUCUUAUCGACGCCAACCGCGUACACCGUACGCCAGUUGUAGCAAAUGAGGUGGCGUGAAACAGUGCAACCACAAAACAUAACACAAUGCUGCUGCUGGAGCUAAAAAUUCUAACGUUAAAUAUAUGGGGUAUACCAUUUGUCUCCAGCGAUCGAGCGACACGCGUUGAGGCCAUAUGCAAGGAGCUGAGCAGCGGACAAUAUGAUAUUGUGUCAUUGCAGGAAGUCUGGUCCCAGCUGGACAGCGAGCAACUGCAGCAGGGCACAUCGAGUGUAUUGCCCUAUUCCCAUUACUUUCACAGCGGUGUCAUUGGCGCUGGCUUGCUGGUCUUAUCCAGAUAUCCCAUAUUAGGUACGCUGUUUCAUGCCUGGUCUCUUAAUGGUUAUUUCCAUCGCAUUCAGCAUGCCGAUUGGUUUGGCGGCAAAGGAGUUGGACUCUGUCGCAUUCUCGUUGGCGAACAUAUACUACAUCUUUAUAAUGCGCAUCUGCAUGCGGAAUAUGACAAUGACAAUGAUGAGUACAAGACACAUCGAGUAAUUCAGGCAUUUGACACCGCUCAGUUUAUUGAGGCAACGCGUGGGAAUUCGGUGCUGCAGAUUCUCGCCGGUGAUCUGAAUACACAGCCACAGGAUAUUACCUACAAGGUGCUGUUGUAUACAUCCAAAAUGAAAGACAGCUGCGGCUCGGAUACAAUUCGUACCAAUGAAUGUGGCAGGAAUUCAUAUACAUCGCCACGUGCGCUGGAAAAGAAUCCUCUAGGCAUACGCAUUGAUCAUAUAUUUGUGCGGGGAGCAGAUCAUAUCAAUGCUGAGAUUGUGGAGUAUACGCUGCCAUUUCCAGAGCGUGUGCCUGGUCAGAAAUUUAGCUAUUCGGAUCAUGAAGCAGUGCUGGCCAAAUUAAGAUUGACCAGUUUGUCCAGAACGGCAGAAUCUCCAGUUAUUGUGGAGCAAGUGGAGUGUAGAAUCGCUGAGCAAGUCUCAAGAGAAUUGGGAGCUGGAGAUGGCAAUGCAGAAGAGAUUCCAGCCAACAUUUGCUUGGAUGUGGCCCAACAAUUGCCAGCUGCCAGGACAGCAGCUUUAAAUGAAGCCUUGUCCUUGUGCGAUGCUUCCUUAUUGCAAUUAAACACGGAUCGUUUAUUAUAUUAUAGUGCUGCAACAGUUCUAUUUGUACUCCUAGUGCUACUUGUGGAAUUUACAGCGCCAGUUGGACUUAAAACCAUUUAUUUGUUACUCAAGUUUAUUGUAUUUGGCGUCAUAUUGUUUUGUCUGUUUAUGGCUUCCAUUUGGAACUAUAUGGAACGUAAUGGUGUGUUGCAGGGCAAAAAAUCUAUGGAAAUAAUGCUGCUGCAUGCACAAAAGUAUGAAUAUAUAUAUUGAUUUAACAAUUUUUCUCAUCAAACCGGACAUUUAAGAAGCUCAAGAAGCAUUUAAAGUGUAGCCCAAGUGCUAUAUUUAUUUUAUAUAUAUAGUUUUAAAUAUAAAUCGCCUAAAUUCUGCCUCAGCUGUAACAUUCAAUGCAAUAAAGUGGUCUCUUUCUCAUUUAA